GAAACACCUCCCCAGCGAUUAGGCUAAACACUGACUACGAACAAACCGAUUCUAAGUCAGCACGUACAGGAAGCAUCUUUCAGGAAAGACAGGAAGUCAAACUUACCACUUCUACGGUCAAAACUUUGACACAUAAACAGCAGACGUACAAUUAGAAACUCUGAAAAUUUUGGACUUCGCUGACCAUUUUAACAUCUAGUCUCUCGUGAUGGACAAGCUCCGUCGUGUGUUAAGCGGACAAGAGGACAAUGAAGAGUUGGGUCUCACUGCACAGGUCCUUGAUGCCACCUCUCUCAGCUACAGCACCCGGGUGAAAUGGUUCUGCAUAUGCUUUGCUGGAGGCAUCCUGUGUUCAAUACUCGGUACAGCGCUGCUUUUCCUUCCGAAUGGAAUCAAGCUUUUUGCUGUAUUCUACACACUAGGGAAUAUCGCAGCUCUUUCCAGCACCUGCUUCCUAAUGGGACCAAUGAAACAGCUGAAACGCAUGUUUGAGCCAACAAGACUGAUAGCAACAAUUGUUAUGCUGCUCUGCCUUGUCUUAACACUGUGUGCUGUGUUUUGGUGGGGUAAAAAAGGGCUGGCUAUCAUCUUCUGUAUUCUGCAGUUUUUGGCGAUGACAUGGUAUAGCAUCUCUUACAUUCCAUUUGCCAGGGAUGCGGUGAUGAAGUGCUUCACAACCUGUCUGGCUUAGAACUCCUCACUGCACAAUUUAAUUUGAAGACUGGUCCUAAUUUGCAAAAUGCAAGAUGGUUGGCUUUGUAAAAUAUUCAUCUACUUUUUGUUGUUUAUACACUAUCCAGAUUUUUACAUUGGCUUUUCCAAACUGUGAAUUCUCUCUUUUUAAUCCUAGCUGAAGAUCUAUAAGUAUAAUCAGAUUGUAACACUUUUCUUUUACCUUUGAUGAGAGACAUGUAUGCCUUUAUUACUUAAUAUAUUUAAAGAUAUUCCUUUAUUUCCAGAGAAUUUUAUAUCGUGUAAUUGCAGGGAAAUUACUUUGACUUUGCUACUCAUUGUUAUUUACAGCACAAGUGCCUUAGCAUUGUAAUGCUGCAUACAUACAUAUGAAGAGAUCUGUUAUUGAUCAAACAUACAUAUUUACACCUUGAACAGUGAACAGUGUGAGAUUCCAGAUUCCAUUUUCUUCUGGUGUUCCAGCUUCUUGCACACAAACAUUAUUGAAACACACCACCUUUCUGUUUUCUGUCUGUUUAUCAGGCACUGAUGUAUAAAAAGGAUCUCAGAUGUGCUUCCUUGUUUAUUUAUGAUUAUUUUCCCUGAGGCAAUUGAGGCCCUGCUUCACUGAUGAUGCAUUGGCUUGUACGAGAUCCACCGUACUUGUGAGGUUUUUCCAGCUAAAGAGAUUAAAAAAGCAGCUCCUGUCUUGUCUGUUAGUGCUCAGUAUGUUUGAACAUACCUGCCCCCCCCUCCCCCCCCCAGCUCAUCAGACUAUAUUAAAAUUCGUUCUCCUUUGCAGAUUUGAUUUCCUGCCAGAUGUAGCAGUGACCCAUUUAAUUACGCUUUUCUGAGCAUUGUGGUUUUGAUGUGACCUAAUAACCCAGUAUAGCUUGCACUGGGUUCCCUAUAUUGCUUUGGAUGAUGGUAUAGCCUUUGAGGAUACGGUUGUCAUGACAACCACCUCCACAAGAUUCAUAACCUCAGCCUUCCCCCAUCUGUGGUGCAGAUGUUCAUGUUAUCCUGAUGAGGAGGUGUUAUUUGUUACAGAAUACCUUUGCAUGGCAACCAGUCAUGGAUUGCGCCCCAGUUUUUCUUGGGAAAUUAUUGUAAAAACAUUUUUAUCUGAUUGUGGCAUUACCAACCCCAUAAAGAAAGUCCCAGCUCGCUCUGUUGCCCUGUGUGUGAGCUGUUUGAUUUGUUCAAGUUUUAACAAACAUGCCUCCAGGUUUCUUUCUGAUUGACGCUACUAAAUGACAGCACUUCCUGUUUUGCAGCCCCCACAGUUUCAUCACAUGCUUGUAUAAUGUGAUGGUGGAUUAGCAUGAACAAAAUCUCCCCUCAGUACUACUUGUUCAACUAACUUGGCAGAGACCCAGCAAAUCCUUGAGCAGUUAAUCUUGGGGAUAAAAUAAUUCUGUUGAAUGAAGAGAGUGCUUUUGUUUUUGUGAUCUGUUUUCUUUGCCCACCAUUUUUGUUGGGAUUACGGCAAAGUUUGAGGAUGAAGGGGGUAGCACUCUGACCCCAGCAAUCUGUUAGCAUCUCCCAACAGUUUCUUCUUCAUUACAACUAAUCCAUUGUUAUGUCAGAGAGGAGAGGGAUCCCACACCACCACCACCACCAAGUCUGUGUGUCCUUCUCAGCUUAAUUAUCCACAUCAUCUUGUAAAACUGAAUAAAUAACUUGGCUUGUGUUUUCAUCAUUA